AUGGAUGGCUUAGUUAAGCAGAAAGAUGUGCUUAGAAAGCAUAAUAAGGGAAUUGACACCCAGAAGAAGAAUGGGUUGAUUAACACAAGGAACUUAAUGGCUGAAAACAGGGAGGGGUUGGUAUCUGUGUAUCCAACUGCUCAGUAUCAGGGUCGGCCAGUUGGGACUCUCUAUCCCCCAAAUGACCCAAUACAACAGCUUCUUGACCCCAGUACUCUACCACAGACAGUAGAACCCCGCUAUCAUCCAAACAUCAUCCUCUAUUCAGAGAGCAUGCUACGAUCAUGGGGAGAAAGCCUGAGUGCAGAAUGCUGUGAAACAACCUUUAUUGAAAACAAGUCACCCACCAAAGGCUGCCUGGAUUAUCCUGAAGGCAAAUUUGUCAGUCUAUCCACAGAUGAGAUUAAGAUCCAGACCCUCUCCUAUGAUGUGGAAGAAGAAGAUGACGAAGACGAUGACUUCCAAGAACUAGAGAGUGAUUACUCAAGUGACACUGACAGUGAGGACCAUUUCCUUAUGAUGCCUCCCAGGGAUCACCUUGGACUUAGUGUGUUCUCCAUGCUCUGUUGUUUCUGGCCAUUGGGGAUAGCUGCUUUCUAUUUGUCACAUGAGACAAACAAAGCCAUUGCUAAAGGGGAUUUCCACCAAGCAAGCUCCAGUUCACGGAGAGCUCUUUUCUUGGCUGUGCUAUCCAUCACCAUUGGAACAGGCAUUUAUGUAGGAGUUGCUGUAGCACUCAUAGCAUAUCUGUCCAAAAACAACCACAUAUGAAAGUUGACAAAUUAGACUGCUACAGAAAGCUAUAGAGGAAUGAUAUUGUACCUUUCAAAUAUAAACAGUUUUGAAAGUGAGAAGGGC